AUGAUAGUGGCUAGUCAAAUUGAGAUGUGGGAGUUGGGAAAACCUAGACCACCCUUGUUCUUUGCUGCUUGGGACGUCGACGAUUGGAACAGCCCUAGCUACGAGUCUCGAGUAGGCGCCGAUGUCCAGGAGAUGUGGGACUUCAAGUACGAGGGCCCGGCAACUAUUUGGGGCACCCUCAACCAACUGGGCGAGCUUGUCGUUCGUGCCUGGCCAGACGCGUGGGAAAAUCCGGUUCCUAUCAGCGAUGAGACACGUGCCAGACUGGCAUGGACCACAGACUUGGGCGCCCUCGCAGCUUCUGUCAAGCGCGCCAAUGCCAUAGCUCGAGCUUUCGAAAAUGCCGAACGUUCCAGCGAUUCAGAUCGCUGCAUUACAAGAGACGAAGCACGCCUAAUCAAGACCUACGUCUCUUCAUACAGAACUGGCCUAGACUUUGUCAAGCAUGCCGGAUGGCUAGACUUCUAUCCAGGAGAGCUCAACCGAUGGCAAAAGGAGCGUCAGGCACAGGGCAAACUAGUUUGGAAACGAUUGCAAGACGCCUAUGGACCCCUAAAUUUGCCAUCUAAAGAGACGUUGGCGAUCGCGGCAGUCCUCACAGUUCAGGCAACUUCGAAAGACCUCGGCGCUCCAACCCCCAAGUGGCUGGAUGAGUCAUAUUACGAUGCGAUGCUGGUCCUCAUACACACUCGCAUCUGGUGCUCGACUUACAAUUCACCCGGAAAGAACUCCAUUCAAGGCUUUCCAUUCGACCGCAGCGACACACCUCUCGCUCUCGUGGACAAUGCAGGCAAAGAAAAGCAAGGCGUCAAGGAACUGUUGGAUGAGUGGAAGAAGCUGUGCAACAAGUGCAUCGUGACUACGACCAAGGACCUGGAGCAUCUACAGUCUGCCAGCCCUAUCGCGGCAAAUGCCCUGAAGUCCCGCCUACGUCACCACAAGGACGAGACUGGCAUUCCUGUGUCGUGGGCUUGA